AUGACGAUGCUGCUGGACGGAGGCCCGCAGUUCCCCGGGCUAGGAGUGGGCAGCUUCGGUGCGCCGCGCCACCACGAGAUGCCCAACCGUGAGUCGGCCGGCAUGGGACUGAAUCCCUUCGGGGACUCAACCCACGCAGCGGCCGCCGCUGCUGCCGCAGCUGCCUUCAAGCUGAGCCCGGCAGCGGCUCACGAUCUCUCUUCGGGCCAGAGCUCGGCGUUCACGCCGCAGGGUUCAGGCUAUGCCAACGCCCUCGGCCACCACCACCACCACCAUCACCAUCAUCACCACGCCAGCCAGGUGCCCAGCUACGGAGGCGCUGCCUCUGCCGCCUUCAACUCCACGCGCGACUUUCUGUUCCGCCAGCGCAGCUCUGGGCUUAGCGAGGCGGCCUCGGGUGGUGGGCAGCACGGGCUCUUCGCUGGCUCGGCAAGCAGCCUACACGCUCCAGCUGGCAUUCCUGAGCCCCCUGGCUACUUGCUGUUUCCCGGGCUGCACGAGCAAGGCGCCGGGCACCCGUCGCCCACGGGGCACGUGGACAACAACCAGGUCCAUUUGGGGCUGCGCGGGGAUCUCUUUGGCCGUGCUGACCCGUACCGUCCGGUGGCCAGCCCGCGUGCGGACCCGUACGCCGCCAGCGCGCAGUUCCCGAACUACAGCCCCAUGAACAUGAACAUGGGCGUGAACGUGGCGGCCCACCAUGGGCCAGGCGCCUUCUUCCGUUAUAUGCGGCAGCCCAUCAAGCAGGAGCUGUCGUGCAAGUGGAUCGACGAGGCUCAGCUGAGCCGACCCAAGAAGAGCUGUGACCGGACCUUCAGCACCAUGCACGAGCUGGUGACGCAUGUCACCAUGGAGCAUGUGGGGGGCCCGGAGCAGAACAACCAUGUCUGCUACUGGGAGGAGUGCCCCCGCGAGGGCAAGUCCUUUAAGGCGAAGUACAAACUGGUGAACCAUAUCCGAGUCCACACGGGCGAGAAGCCCUUCCCGUGCCCUUUCCCGGGCUGCGGGAAGAUCUUUGCCCGCUCUGAGAACCUCAAGAUCCACAAGAGGACCCACACAGGUGAAAAACCGUUCAAAUGUGAAUUUGAAGGCUGUGACAGACGCUUUGCCAACAGCAGCGAUCGCAAGAAGCACAUGCAUGUGCAUACUUCGGAUAAGCCCUAUAUCUGCAAAGUGUGCGACAAGUCCUACACGCACCCGAGCUCCCUGCGCAAACACAUGAAGGUUCAUGAAUCUCAAGGGUCAGAUUCCUCCCCUGCUGCCAGUUCAGGCUAUGAAUCUUCCACUCCACCCGCUAUAGCUUCUGCAAACAGUAAAGAUACCACUAAAACCCCUUCUGCAGUUCAAACUAGCACCAGCCACAACCCUGGACUUCCUCCCAAUUUUAACGAAUGGUACGUCUGA